AUGGCACUGACGUGGCAUGGUCAGUUUGCGCGAAGCUGUAAGAGGCUUUGUACAAAUAACAUUACUGUAUUUUUGGGGAGAAUAAGAAAAGACAAGCGCACAUACAUAAAAGCCUUUGUUGUUUCCUUAAAAGCUGGAACUUUGCAGGAACAAUUGGCAGAGCAGAGCAAAACAAUGCCAACUUCUACAUUAAACCACACUUUAAUCCUAUCUUUUUUGCUUCUUCUUCUACUCUCUUUACUUGUUCCUGUUAUCAUCAACACUCCCAAGUCUCAGCCAUCUCUUUCAGUAGUAAAUCACAACCCUGAAACGGCCCCCUCCACCACCACCACCACCACUACCACUACUGAGAUAUUUGGAGUCAAGAUUGAGAAGAACCCUCCUCAGUCUAAGCUUGAUGAGCUCGAUGUUUCCUCCUGGCCCAAGUGGGAAUGCCCGCCAAGCAAAUUUCCCUGGACAUUCAAAGCCACAGAGACAAUGUAUCUUCUCGAGGGGAAAGUGCAGGUUUAUGUUGAAGGGCAUGAAGGAUCAUUUGAAAUUGGGGCCGGCGAUUUGGUUAUCUUCCCCAAGGGCAUGAACAUUACUUGGGAUGUUCUUGAAGCUGUGAACAAGCACUAUAGCUUGGAAGAGUAAUGUAUAUAAAUAAGGCUUAACUUGCUGAACUUAUCAAUCAGUAGAAUUUAUGUAAUAAAAUUGUACCUAAACUCUUAUAGGGGGGAAUUCAGUUAGUGGAUUAUCUAAUAUAAUUAUCUAUCUUUUAGUUGAUGUA